AUGAGAGAGGAGACGAGAGAGGAGACGAGGGAGAGGAGACGAGAGAGAGGAGACGAGAGAGCGGAGACGAGAGAGAGGAGACGAGAGAGAGGAGACGAGAGAGCGGAGACGAGAGAGAUGAGACGAGAGAGCGGAGACGAGAGAGAGGAGACGAGAGAGCGGAGACGAGAGAGGAGACGAGAGAGAGGAGACGGGAGAGAGGAGACGAGAGAGCGGAGACGAGAGAGAGGAGACGAGAGAGAGGAGACCAGAGAGAGGAGACCAGAGAGAAGAGACGAGAGAGCGGAGACGAGAGAGGGAGGAGAAGAGAGAGAGGAGACGAGAGAGAGGAGACGAGAGAGCGGAGACGAGAGAGGAGACAAGAGAGCGGACGAGACGAGAAAGAGGAGACGAGAGAGAGGAGACGAGAGAGAGGAGACGAGAGAGAGGAGACGAGAGAGAGGAGACGAGAGAGCGGAGACGAGAGAGAGGAGAUGA